AUGGCAAGAGGCAAUCGAACUACAGUGACAGAAUUUGUCCUCAUGGGAUUCACAGACCGCCCUGAACUUCAGCUUCCCCUAUUUGUGGUGUUCCUGGCCAUUUAUCUCAUCACCCUGGUGGGAAAUCUUGGCAUGAUCCUGCUCAUCAAAGUGGAUUCAAAACUCCACACCCCUAUGUACUAUUUUCUCAGUCACCUGGCAUUCAUUGAUCUUUGUUACUCAUCUUCUAUUGGACCCAAGAUGCUGCAAAAUUUCCUGGUGAAGAAAAAAACCAUCUCCUUUUCUGGCUGUUUUGCUCAGCUUUAUUUCUCCAGUGCUUUUGCCACCACUGAAUGCUUCCUCUUGGCCACAAUGGCCUAUGACCGCUAUAUGGCUAUCUGCAACCCCCUGAUUUAUACAGCCAUUAUGACCCAGCGGGUAUGCAAGGAAUUGGUGAUAGGGGUCUAUACAUAUGGCUUCCUCAACUCUGUGAUACAGACAGUUUUGACUUUCCAGUUGUCUUUCUGUGACUCCAAUGUCAUUCACCAUUUCUACUGUGCUGAUCCUCCUCUCUUAGCUCUUUCCUGCUCUGACACCCAAAACAAAGAGAAGCAGCUCUUGAUCUUCUCUGCAGUGAAUCUCACUGGUUCCCUCUUGACUGUCCUCAUCUCCUACAUUUGCAUCCUUUACUCCAUUAUAAAAAUCCAGUCUUCUGCAGGCAAAUGCAGAGCAUUUUCCACUUGUGCCUCUCACCUCACUGUGGUCAUCAUAUUCUAUGGGACAUUAUUUUUCAUGUAUGUAAGGCAACCUAAAGCAGGAAAUUCAUGGAAGUAUAACAAAAUGGUCUCUGUGUUUUAUAGUCUUGUAAUCCCCAUGCUUAACCCUCUGAUCUAUAGUCUGAGGAACACAGAAGUAAAAGAAACUCUGAAAAAAAUGCUAGAGGGCAAAUACUCAUAG